AUGUGUCCGAAGAGAAGCGGCAAGAUUAUUGAUAUUCGGUUGAAAAUUGGAAGCACCUUUGCAUCGUACGCUCAAGCAGCGGCUAAUAUAAGAGUAGUGGGAGCAGAAAUUGCAUUUCUCAUGGAACGUCUUCAGCUCGUUAAGGGGGCUAAAUUAGAGACUUUUCAUCUCAUCGGUCACAGUUUUGGAGCACACGCUUGUGGAUAUGCGGGUUUGGAUCCGGCAGGUGCUUAUUUUCGUAACGUUUCUCGUAAGGUUCGAUUAGAUGCUUCGGAUGCGAUGUUUGUCGACGUUAUUCAUACGAAUGUAGCCGAAUCAAUAUUUAAAG